AUGGAGGUGGCGCUGGCCCAGGGGGGAGCUUUCAGCGGCUCAGAGCCGGGCCCCUCGGAGGAGCUUGCCAAGCUGGAGUAUCUGGCCUUGGUGUCCAAGGUUUGCACGGAGCUGGACAACCACUUGGGGAUCAACGACAAGGAUCUAGCUGAAUUUGUGAUCAGUCUGGCUGAGAAAAAUACCACUGUGGAGACUUUUAAGGCUUCCCUGGUCACAAGUGGUGCAGAAUUCUCGGAUUCUCUGGUCAGCAACCUGCUGCGCCUCAUCCGGAGCAUGGCCCCCCCGGCAAAGCCAUCCACGAGCAAAGAUCCCGUGGUGAAGGCCCAAAGCGAGAAGGAGAAGCUGAAGGAGCUGUUCCCGGGGCUGCGGCAGCCGGACAACCCCGCCCCUGCCGUUGUCUCUGCCCCCUUGGGGACCGUGCUGGAGGAAGACGACGUGAAGGCCGCCCUGGACGUCCGGAGAGAGCUGGAGGCCCAGAUGCUCAGUGGCUCUGCGGGGCACUGGGACACGCUGAAGAAGCAAAGGCGGGGCCGGGGCCCGGGCCUGGACAGGGUGUAAGGCCUUACCAAACGCUCCGAGGAGCUGACUGCAAAUUCUAAUAUUACAAGGUUUUGCAGUCCCACAAGGGACCCAGACAGACAGCGAGACAGAGACAGGGACCACAGGUGCAGACACCGGUCCUGCUCUUGGCGGUCUUGUUCCCGGACCCCGGAGAGGAGGAAAGGGAAGUCCAGACAGCAGUCCAGGAGCAGGAGCCAGAGCCCUGCCAAAGGCAGGAAGGACCCCUGGGACAAGGACUUGGAAAGGAGCCUGCCCAGGUGGUGGGACAAGCACGUGGACCCUCCCCCCCCGCCGCCCAAGGAGCCGGCCAUCAGCCACAUCUACACAGGCAAGGUCACCAGCAUCCUGCAGUUCGGGUGCUUUGUGCAGCUGGAGGGGCUGAGGAAGUGGUGGGAAGGCCUGGUGUACAUCUCCGAGCUGCGGCGCGAGGCCCACGUGGCCGAUGUGGCGGACGUGGUGAGCAAAAGCCAGUGGGUCAAGGUCAAAGUGCUGUCCUUCAGCGGGACCAAGACCAGCCCGAGCAUGAAGGACGUGGAUCAGGAGAGUGGAGAGGACCUGGACCCGAAUCGGUGGUGGUGGUGGCGGCAGUGGCAGGGGUGGCGGAGCAACCUGGUCAGGGGGACCAGCAAGGAGGAGACCUCCAUGCGGAACCUGGACAGACCCAGCCACCUGUGGCCCAUCAGAGGCCCCGAGGUGGAGGACCACUGGCUGGAGCACAAGCGCCUCACACGGUGCAACUUGGACCCCGAGAAGUGGAAGAGGAAGCAGAUGAUUGCGGCCAGCAUCCUCUCCAGAGAGAAGUUCCCAGACUUCGAUGAGGAGAUGGGCAUCCUCCCGCAGCUGGAUGGCAAGGAAGAGGAGGACCUGGAGAUCGAGCUGGUGGAGAAGGAGCCCCCGUUCCUGUGGGGCCACAUGAAGUGGGGCACGCAAAUGAGCCCAGUCAGGAUGGUCAGGAACCCGGAGAGCUCCCUGUUGCAGGCCGCCAUGAUGCAGAGUGGGCUGGCCAAGGAGCAGCGGGAGCUGAAGCAGGUGCAGCAGCGGGAGGAUGCCAAGAUGGACUCCAUCCCCACAGGCCUCGACAAGCACUGGUUUGACCCCCUGCCUGAUGCCCAGGGCAGGCAGACUGCAACCAACCUGCGGGCCAUCAGGGCGAUGGCACGCCACAUCCCCGAGUGGAAGAAGCAGGCAUUCGGGGACAACAAGGUGUCCUAUGGCAAGAAGACGCAGCUGUCCCUAGUGGAGCAGCGGGAGGGCCUGCCCAUCUACAGGCUGAAGGGGCAACUGGUGCAGGCCUUCCGUGACAAUCAGAUCCUCGUCGUCACUGGAGAGACCGGGUGCAGGAAGACCACACAGAUCACCCAGUACCUGGCCGAGGCCGGCUACAAGUGCCGGGGCAAGAUUGGCUGCACCCAGCCCCGGCGCAUGGCCACCAUGUCUGUGGCCAAGAGGGUGUCGGAGGAGUUUGGCUGCCGCCUGAGUCAAGAGGUGGGCUACACCAUUCGGUUCGAGGACUGCAGCAGCCCAGAGACCAGCAUCAAGUACACGACGGAUGGCAUGCUGCUCUGCGAGUGCCUGGUGGACCCCGACCUGACGCAGUACGCCAUCAUCAUGCUGGACAAGGCCCACGAGAGGACCAUCCACACCAACGUGCUCUUCGGCUUGCUGAAGAAGGCCGUGCAGAAGCAGCGGGACAUGAAGCUGAUCAUCACCUCGGCCACGCUGGAUGCACUGAAGUUCUCCCAGUACUUCUGCAAAGCCCCCAUCUUCAUCAUCCCUGGGCGCACCUACCCCAUGGAGACCCUGUAUGCCAAGGAGCCUGAGACCGACUACCUGGACGCCAGCCUGCUCAUCGCCAUGCACAUCCACCUCACUGAGCCGCCAGGCAACAUCCUGGUCUUCCUGACUGGGCAGGAGGAGAUCGACACAGCCUGGGAGAUGCUGUACGAGAGGAUGAAGUCGCUGGGCCCCGACGUCCCUGAGCUGAUCAUCCUGCCCAUGUACUCUGCCCUGCCUAGCAAGAUGCAGACCCGGAUCUUCGAGCUAGCCCCGCCAGGCAGCAGGAAGGUGGUGAUUGCCACCAACAUUGCGGAGACCUCGCUGACCAUUGACAGCAUCUAUUACGUGGUGGACCCCGGCUUUGUGAAGCAGAAGGUCUACAUCUCCAAGACAGACAUGGACCAGCUGGUGGUGACGCCCAUCUCUCAGGCCCAGGUGAAGCAGCACGUGGGCAGGGCCAGCCGCAUGGGCCCCCAGAAGUGCUACCGGCUGUAUGAGCAUGCCUACCACCACAAGAUGCUCGCCACCAACGUGCCCGAGAUCCAGAGGACCAACCUGGCCAGCACCGUGCUAUAACUCAAGGCCCUGGGCAUCCACGACCUGUUGUCCUUCAACUUCAUGGAUAGCCCCCCGGUGGAGACCCUCCUGGAGGCCAUGGAGCAGCUCUACACGCUGGGGUUCCUGGAUGACCAGGGCCUGCUCACCUGCCUGGGCCGCAGGAUGGCGCAGUUCCCGCUGGAGCCCAUGCUGUGCAAGAUGCUCAUCAUGUCGGCGCACCUGGGCUGCAGUGAGGAGGUGCUGACGACUGUGUCCAUGCUGUCCAUGCAGAACAUCUUCUACAGGCCCAAGGACAAACAAGCCCUCACCAACCAGAAGAAGGCCAAGUUCCGCCAGAUCCAGGGCAACCACCUCACGCUGCUGGCGGUGUACAACUCCUGGAAGGACAACCAGUUCUCCCAGCCCUGGUGCUACGACAACUUCCUCCCGGCCCGCUCCCUGCACCGGGCACAGGACAUCUGCAAGCAGAUGCUGGGCAUCAUGGAGAGGCACAAGCUGGACGUGGUGUCCUGCGGCAAGGCCACGGUGCGCAUGCAGAAGGCCAUCUGCAGCGGCUUCUUCCGAAACUCAGCCAAGAAGGACCCGCAGGGGGGCUACCGCAUGCUGCUCGACCAGCAGGUGGUCUACAUCCACCCCUCGGGCACCCUCUUCAACCGGCAGCCUGAGUGGGUGGUGUACCAUGAGCUGGUGCUGACCACCAAGGAGUGCAUGCGCGAGGUCACCACUGUCGACCCGCGCUGGCUGGUGGAGUUCGCGCCCACCUCCUUCAAGCUCUCCGACCCCGACAAGCUCAGCCAGCUGAAGAAGCAGCAAUGCCUGGGGCCCCUGUACAAUGGCCACAAGGAGCAGGACGCCUGGAGUAUCUCCAGAGCCCUCAGGCAGCGGCAGCAGCGAUGAGGGCCUGCCCCGCACCCUGAGGCCACAGCCCUGUGGGGUGGAGCCCAGUGUGGGCGGGGCUGGAACCGCAGCCCCCACCACAUGGGCGGUCACCCCGUGCGCCCUCCUGGGGAGAAGCCGGGGUCCAAGGGAACCCCAAUGACUUCCUCUUUCUUCUCCUCCUCCUCCUCCUCCACCUCCUCCUCCUCCUCCACC